AUGGCUCUGGACCCUGGAGGAGGUGGGAGAGCCUGGAACCACGCAGGUCCCCGUCACUGUCCCCGACACCAUCACCAGCUGGGAGACGGAGGCCUUCUGCCUGCACCCCCAGGGCUUUGGUCUCGCCCCCCCAGUCAAGCUCACCGUUUUCCAGCCCUUCUUCCUGGAGCUGUCCCUGCCCUUCUCCAUCGUCCUGGGAGACGCCUUCCAGCUCAAAGCCACAGUGUUCAACUACCUGCCCAAGUGCAUCAUGGUGGUAGUGACUCCAGCCCCCUCAUCAGACUUCAGUCUGAGCCCCUCUGCUGAUGGCCAGUACUCCUCCUGUCUGUGUGCCAACGGCAGGAAGACCUUCAGCUGGACCCUGGUGCCCUCCACGCUCGGAUUGAUGGACAUUACUGUGGCUGCGGAGGCUACCUCCUCCCAGACCCCGUGUGGCAACGAGUUGGUGACAGUGCCUGAGAGGGGCCGCGUUGACGUAGUCACACGCCCUCUGCUGGUCAAGAGUGAGCCGACUCUGAUGCCACCUCCACCCCUCCAGCCACCGUCACCAGUGGUUCCCGUCUGACAGGGGGCAGACUACGCCUUCGUCUUCCAUGGGAGGAUAUGCACUCCUGCCGAAUGUACUUGGAUAUGUACUCGGCCGAAACGUCAAUUCACCAAUACAACAUGGAGCAGAGUGUGCUGCAUUCUUUUCAUUUUCUUUAAUAUUUGUAUGCUCAGGAAGCCAGCACCUCAAGGAAGACUUUAUUGGUGUGCGAUACCUCUUUUUUUCUAAGGAUAUGCACUCCUGCCACGGAACUCUACGAAAAGACGGGAGCCUGUGUUACAUUCUCUAUCUGCCGUCGUGAUAUGAUGUAUUUUCAUGCUUAUGGUGUUGAUGCAUGUGUAAAAUGUAUAUUUGUAAUAUUUUUUAGUCGAUUGUGAGGGGAAACAUUGCCAUUUUGACUUGCUAGACCUACAGUAUUUCCUAACUAUUAAUACAGCAUUUGGUAUUUAGCUUAUGUCAGGCUAAUGCAUAUUUCUCUGAGCCGUGAAUGCUGGCUUGUUUCUUGUUAAUUUCAUAUUCAGUAUUUAGGAGUAAUUUUAUCCUUCAUCAUUUGUUUCCCUUUCAGAAAACCACACACACACAUGCAUGUAAAUUAUUUGUAAUUACUGAUUUAACAUUAUAUAUUAUAGGCCUAUUAUAUUAGCCUAUAUUACAUUAUAUUACAUUACAUUAUUGGGCUAUAUGGUUUGGUGGGCCCCAGAAUUUUUUCACAUUUCAAAGUGGGCCUUGGUGUUCUGAAGUUUGAGAAUGGCUGCCACGCAACUUCAUGGUUAAUUAAUUGUUCAAUAAAUGUCAAUAUUGUUCACUUUGCCUUCAUAUAGUCUUCACGGUAGAAUAUAUCUAAU